CACAGCUGAUCACGUGAUGUAGUACAAGGCCAAUCACAGCGGCUUUUUACCACGUGAUCAGCCGUGUCCAAUGACACGUUGAUCACAGGGAAAUGCAACUGCCGGUUCUCGGCUGCACUUUCCUCACGCUGGCACUGAUCAUCAGUGCCCUGAUGAUCGGUGCCCAGCAGUGCCACCCACCAGUUCCACCCACCUGUGCUCAGCAGUGCCGCCCACCAGUGCUCAGUGGUGCCACUUACCAGUGCCCAUCAGUGCCACCCACCUGUGCCCAUCAGUGCCACCCA